AUGUCCGACCCGACCGAUAAUAUGACCGCCGCGGACCCGGCGGCUGCGAAGGCUGCAGCGGGUGCUGCUGUGCUUGCGGCGAUGGAUUUGAACCAAACUAUGGGGGCGCUCCUCAUGGGCGUCAUCCUUUCCGCAAUGCUGUACGGAGUGACUUGCUCACAGGUGUACUUCUACUUCUCGCACUACAGGAGCGACCCCAAAGGUACAAAGCUACUGGUACUCGCAGUGUGGUUGUCAGAUUCAACACAUCAGGCGCUGGUUAUCUGGAGUAUCUAUAGUUAUCUGAUCACCAACUAUGCCAAUCCGUUGAACCUGUUGGUGCCUGAUCUUGGGAUCAUCACGGAACUGCUGUUCAAUGGCAUCACCGGGUUGCUCGUGCAGUCGUUCUUCAUCAUGCGCAUCUGGACCCUGAGCCACCACAAACUAUACCUCGUCCUUCCUGUCGGCGCUCUUGUGCUUGCGGAGUUCGGAGUGACACUAUCUUACCUCUCCAAGGCUUACAAAAUCACCUCGUACCUGCAACUCGGUGAGAUUCGGACGGAGUCCAUCCUCAUGAAUGUCUUCGCCGCCACGUCGGACAUGGCCAUCGCGGGAACAUUGUGCGUCAUCCUGCACUUCUCCAAGACCAGCUUCUCCCGGUCGAACACGCUCAUCAACAAAUUGAUGAUCUUCGCAAUCAAUACCGGACUUCUCACUGGCAUUUGCGCUUGCCUCUCGUUGAUUACCUUCUUUACCGCGCCGGACACGUUCAUUUACAUCAUAUUCUACUACCUCAUCGGUCGUCUCUACUCCAACUCGCUGAUGGCUACCCUCAACGCGCGCAAGGGCCUGCGUGACGGUUCAUCGAGCCGGGGUGAGCUCUCGCUCUCACUCAACAACAUCCCCCCUUCAGCCGGUGCCUACAACUCGCGCGUCCGUGGCAACGACAUUGCCAUACGCAUCGACACCACAAAAGAGUCGGCGCGCGACAAGACCAUGGUCGACUACCAGUCGCAGACCCAGUACUCCCAAAAGGUCCCCCCAGUUUGA